AAAUUAACUUUUUAUGUGGAACAACUUCUGAAACGGCAAAGUCCCUAUUUCAAAAAGCAUUUCAAAACUACCACAAAGGGCAGCUUCUUCCCACCUACAGCAUUUCAGGAUGGAUGAAGACAAGUUUACAGAUCAGUUCAAAAGUUUUAAAGAAAGAACUCUUCAGAGACCCUUCUUCAUCAUCUAUGUACUGCUGGGUGUCUCUUACUUGCUGAUUCUCAUUGGCUUUGUGGUGGCCCUCUCCAAAGUGGCAACUCUUUCAUCGGAUGUUAACAAAGCACGUGCUGAGCUUGCAAAGGACCCUACUGGCCAUGAUUUCCACUUGUUCCCAUGUGGCCCUGACACCAGGCAAUGGGAGUACUUCCGUGGAAAAUGCUACUACUUCUCCCUGAAGGCAGUUUCUUGGCAUCAGGCCAAAGCUCAGUGCGAAGGCCUUCAGUCCCAACUGGUCAUCAUUGAUGGCUUUCCCAAACAGAAUUUCAUACAGACCCGGACCAGGAAUGAGCGCUUUUGGAUUGGACUCUAUGAAGUUCAAGAAGGAGAUUGGAGGUGGCUGGAUGGCAGUAAUUACAGAACAGGCUUCAGGAACUGGAAGCAAGGGGAACCCAAUAAUUAUCAAAACCAGAAUGAAGACUGUGGCCAAGUUCGGAUCAAUGGGGAAUGGAAUGAUUACACCUGCAAUUCUGAUUCCUACUUUAUCUGCGAGAAACCUUUACCAAGCAAACCAGCAGGGUCACAAAAGGGGACCUGAUCACCUGUCCUCAGCACCCCUAAGCACCCAGGAGUGAAAGGCUUAUUGUGAGUGGUUACAGACUCUGACCUGUGGCAGAAGCAGAAAGAGUAAUAUAACUUGCUAAUGGAGAUCUCAUGUUAAAAUAUGACCAUUUUUUAAAAUGGCAGAUUACUGCCAUUGCAUUAUUUGGGAAUUCUGCAGCUAAACCAAACUGAUAGCUCAUAUAUUUUCUUAAACACCUCUUCCUUGCAAUAUGGGGACAGUAAUACUGACCUACCUUACAAGGCUGUUCAAAGGAUUACCGUGAUGAUGUAUGAGAAGGGAUUUGAAAACUAUAAAAUGCUAUAAAAAUGC